AUGGCGGUGUUCGCAGCCACGCAGCGGGCGUCGAGCGGCAAGGCCUGGGUGCUCCACCGGCGCGCCUGGGUGCUCCACCAGAGCGCCUGGGUGCUCCACCAGCGCGCCUGGGUGCUCCACCAGCGCGCUUGUGUGCUCCACCAGCGCGCCUGGGUGCUCCACCAGCGCGCCUGGGUGCUCCACCAGCGCGCCUGGGUGCUCCACCAGCGCGCCUGGGUGCUCCACCAGAGCGCCUGGGUGCUCCACCAGAGCGCCUGUGUGCUCCACCAGAGCGCCUGGGUGCUCCACCAGAGUGCCUGGGUGCUCCACCAGCGCGCCCGGGUGCUCCACCAGCGCGCCUGUGUGCUCCACCAGAGCGCCUGGUUGCUCCACCAGCGCGCCCGGGUGCUCCACCAGUGCGCCUGGGUGCUCCACCAGCGCGCUUGGGUGCUCCACCAGCGCGCCUGGGUGCUCCACCAGCGCGCCCGGGUGCUCCACCAGCGCGCUUGGGUGCUCCACCAGCGCGCCUGGGUGCUCCACCAGCGUGCCUGGGUGUUUCACCAGAGCGCCUGGGUGCUUCACCAGCGCGCCUGGGUGCUCCACCAGCGCGCUUUAGUGCUCCACCAGCGCGCCUGGGUGUUCCACCAGCGUGCCCGGGUGCUCCACCAGCGCGCUUGGGUGCUCCACCAGCGCGCCUGGGUGCUCCACCAGCGCGCCCGGGUGCUCCACCAGCGCGCUUGGGUGCUCCACCAGCGCGCCUGGGUGCUCCACCAGCGUGCCUGGGUGUUUCACCAGAGCGCCUGGGUGCUUCACCAGCGCGCCUGGGUGCUCCACCAGCGCGCUUUAGUGCUCCACCAGCGCGCCUGGGUGUUCCACCAGCGUGCCCGGGUGCUCCACCAGCGUACCUGGGUGCUCCACCAGAGCGCCUGGGUGCUUCACCAGAGCACCUGGGUGCUCCACCAGCGCGCCUGGGUGCUCCACCAGAGCGCUUAG